UGGAGUGCGCCCUCCAGAGUAGUAGCAUGGAAAGUCGUGUGAAAAUGGCUGCGUCCAUAAAGCACGUGAGAUUAUUGAGCGUGAUGCAGAAACGAUUUGUUUUUGACGUUGGAAUAGUUCUCAGCAUCCCAAGAGUCUGUCAUCAAUUAUAUCGCGGCAGAUUGAGCUGGCAUGGGAUCAGAUAUUUUUCAUCAAACGAAUCUUACCGCAGCAAUACAGGAACAAGAAAAUACUGGGACGAUUUUUACAAUGAGAGAAAAAGUGCGAGUGGCCAAUCAUUUGAUUGGUUCUUUGCUCAUGAUGUAGCCAAUCAGUGGCUGGCCGAGUGCAUCUUCACAGGGAAGACUGGGCGAGUCAAUGUUGUAAAUGUCCUUGAACUUGGCUGUGGGACGUCCACUCUCGCCAGUAACCUACUGAAAGGCAAUGGGGACAUCAUGAGUGUCGUCUGCCUGGAUUUUGCUCUCAGUGCAGUGGGGCAAGCACAGUCCAUCUCCAGGAAGAUCUGCUCCUCGGGCAGGGAGUCUCUCCAGUUUAUAGCGGCCGACGCAAGCAGACUCCCCUUCAGAAAUGACCAGUUCGACGUGGUGUUUGAGAAGGGCACGUUUGAUGCCAUGCUGAACGGUGGCAGGUCUGGCCUGGCUAGGCUGUCCUUCGGCGAGACUGUUCGCGUAUUGAGCUCCCAGGGAAUAUUCUUGCAGUUUUCUGACGAAAAUCCUGAUAUACGACUGUCUUUUCUUGAAGAAGCUCUUCGAGAAUCUGGCAUGGACCGAACUCAAGCUUCUGUAACUUUCCAAGAUGUUGGUUGUUCGUAUGGUGUGGAAUACUUCUUGUACUCAACAAAACUAAGUAAAUUAUAGUUUUCCUGAAACUUCAAAGUAAUUGUUACUCUAUACUUCUUUCAUGAUUCAUGUGAAUAAACUAGCACCUUCAAUUACCCAAUUCCUUCACCCAAUUCCCACCUGAAAGGGCCAGUGACAGGAAGUUUACUUUGAAAUGUAUUUUGAGAAACUUUGCAUUCCUCUCAAGUGUGUGGAAACUGCUUCAGGUCCUUUUUUGACAUUUUUAUAGAGUGCACUUUUUCAAUUGUUUAAAGCUUUCGAUGCUUUGUCUAACAAGUAAAAGCACUCUUGCUUUGAUGUCAUUUCAGGAGGACUCUUCAUUUUAGGUUUUUUUUCAGAUCAAAUUGUAAUAUGGAGGCAAAAUUUGCUCAUUAAAACUACAUGUAUGUCAUAUACUGAAAUAUCAAAUCACUGAGAGGAAAAAGCAAGAAUGCAAAACAUCCAAAAUCCUGGCAAGUUCUUGAACUGAAAUAGCUGCGCAGCUCUUUGGAUGACAUCACAAUGUGCUCAUGAAUAUGCAAAUCCGCGCUGGUGUCAGUAUAGAAAUAAAUAUCGAAUGAGACCCCAAAAGAACCAAAAUGCCAGGCAAAUCUUACCAGGGCCUUUCCCAGUUGAUAGGAAAUUGCUGUAAUAGUUCAGUUCAGUACGGGGAAGUGUGUUCUUCGGUUAUCAACGCGAUCCAAUGGUCUGGAUAGUGUUGAGCUGGACCUAAAAUUUAACCUAUUUUUGUUCGGUGAACACAAUUUCCCUGAACAGUACCCCUUCCCAAUUUGGCUUUGUUGUUGGCAACGCCCUUAAUGUUUUACAUUUGUUUUUAAAUCUGUUUCCCAAAAAUAUUCCUCAAAAUGAUGGUGUUCACGAUCAGCAAAAUGGGCUCUUGCGUCAAAUGCGUAAACAAUCAGCACAGAAAGUACGGAGAAU